CUGCUGACUAUAACGUGACCGAGGUUGGAAAGAGAUGUCCUCCCUCCCACAGCAAAGCCGCAAGCGUGCUGUAGCACAGCCUUAAAGUUAGGCAGGUCGAUCGAGGGGCCGCUGCGUCAAAGGCGUAACCUCGACAUCACCGCCGCCGCCGCCGGACGAACCAGGAUCAGGGGCACCUCCAGUGGUUUCAAAGGCGGGGUGGUGUACCCGUCUCGUGACACACAGACCGUGUUCUCUGCCGUGUUUACUGCAAAACAUCUGCUCCCUACAUCGCCCUGCAUACAUUGCAUCUUUCAUGGCACCCUGAAAGAAACAGUCCGGACGGCUUCGCCUCGCCAGCAGCGGACGGUGCAGCGCGUGCGGUGGGGGUGCGCCUGCCUGUGGAAGAAAGACAGGGAGAAGAAAGUCAAGGCAGAGAGUCAAGCUACGCACGGCACGACGGCCCGAUCGAACCUCGCUCCAUGUGCUCUGGCGAUCCUGUGCGCCGACCCGACGGGGCACGAACACAUCCCGCGGACGUGCGACUGUCGCCCUCUGUCGUGUCGCCGGUGCUCGGCGCACAUCAGAUGAUUCUGCCGCAGCAACAGCAGCAGCAUGCAGGUCAUGACCACGAUUACGCUCAUGUUCAUGCUCAAGGACAUGCGCAAGAUCGGGGACAGCGACAGGUGCCGCCGAAUGCAAACAUGAUCAAAGCCACGCUCGACUCUUCCGCGCCUGUUCCCGCUGCCUCUGCACCCUCGUCGAAGUCGACGCCUUCCCCGCAUGCGGGAUCUGGGUCCGUGGAGCAGAAGCUGAUCGAAGCCGUUGCGAUGGAGGUGCAAAAACAGCAGCAGCAGCAGCAGGACGCCCAAGCUACCCAUACUCCUCUUCAGACCCCGCAGCGAAGAACGGGGCGAAGACGCGGAGCUUCUUCACAAGACAUGAGCCUCGACCAUCCGCCGGCGCGCUUCCAGCCUGCUUCGCCUCUCGGUGCAUUCCAGCACCAGCAGCAGGCAACCCAGAACCAGCAGCAGACAUCGCAUUCACCGUGGGACCUCUCAGAUCCUUCCGCAGACUUCUUCACACCUACUACCACCACACCGCACGACGAACGUUCGCAUUCCCAACAACACCAAUCGCAGCAGCGCCAUUAUCCCCAGCAGCAGCAACAGCAGCCGUUGCCGCAGGAGAGCUCUGAACCAUACCAACAUCUUCCCCAUGCUCAUGAUCAGUCACAUGCCCACUCAUACUCACAUUCAUAUUCCCAGCCUCACUCGGCACCGCAGUCACAUGCACAUUCAAAUGCUCAUUCACAAUCACAAACACAAUCACAGCAGCCCCAACACCAGUAUGCUUCCUCCGUCACCGCAAUGCCCGUGUCGACUUUGCGCCUGGACGACGCCCGGCAGCGCGAGGAACAAAGUCACCAGCACCACUACCACCAACAACAGCAACAGCAGCAUACCUACUACCACCACUACCCCCAGCAGGACCAGAACCAGCACCAUCUGCACCACCAGCAGCUGUCCAUGAGCAUUAGGCGCGCUGCAGUCGGCGGACUCGAGUCACCCAUCGGCCUGAUGCAUCAGCAGCACCUGCCUGCCGUCACCAGCAACACCAACAGCAGCGCAGGCCCGCAGGAGCGUGCGGGCGUCAACAGCAGCAGCUUGUACAACCGCGACCCGGACGAACUGCGCGCCAUGCUCGCUACGCGCGAGGAGGCGUGCAGCCAGUCGCCCACAGCAAAGCAUGCAUACAGCCUCUCGCCCCCGUCUACAUCUGCUCUGCCUACUACUACCUCUACUGAUGCCGCUGCGGCUCCGUCUGCGUGUUCGUCGCGCGCACGCAUGAGCCGCAUGCUACCCGCCGGCGAAGUGCCGCCGGCCGCCAGCGCGUCCUCGGUGUCGCGCAGCGCUCCCGCUCCCGCUUCAGCCAACAGCAGCAGCGGGAGCGGCGGAAGAGGAGGCAGCGGACAAGGAUCUCAGAGAAGCCCGCGCCGCUCUGCGCAGAUGGUCGCGCCCAGCAGCUCACCAGGCGCGCUGUUGCACAGUCGCAGCCGCACGAGUAAACCGAACUCGCCGCCCGACGCCAUGGCUCGUGCAGCGCUCGCGCCCCAAAACGCACAUGUUCAUGUGAGGAGCCACACGCACAGCCUCGGCCAGAUGGCGCUUGCCAUGUCGUCAUCAUCCUCCACCCCUCCUGCCUUACAGCAGCAGAACAACGGCGGCUCCCCGAUCAUGGAUGCGUCGGCCAGUUUACCGAAGGGUGCGAGUCACCACCAGCAGCUGCUGCCACAUCACAUUGCUGCUGGUAGUGUGGGCGGAAGACGCGGUAGCGGUGCCAGGGGUGGUGCUAGCAGCACUGGCGCUGGCAGCAGCAGCGGCGGCAUCAGCCAAAGCCAGAGCAAGCUGCUCGUUCCUGUCCCGCCGGGAUACCGCGACUCGGUCAUCUUUACCGGCGCGCCACACGGCCGGCAACUGUCGAGCGGCACGAUGGGGCACCCGCACGGUGGCGCCGGCAGCGGGGUGCCUCUGCGUUCCGUCUCGCCGAGUGGCUCCAUUUCGUCGAGCCAGCACAGUCGGGCCGUCUCGUCCCAGUCCUCCGUGCUCUCCUCCUUCUCCUCGCGCCAUCACCACAUGAGCGACUCGAGCGUUGGCUCCUCGGCCUACGCCACGACCGACAUCUCUAUCGAUGGCGGUGCCGGUGGUGGACGUACGUCGGCGUCGAACACGUCCAUGUCCGCGUCCGCAUCCCGCGCUUGCUCCACGCCCGACACGGACGACGUCCUCUCCAUGCACAGCGGAAGUAUCGACGUCGACAGCGCCGGAGCCGGAGCCAGCCACUUCAGCAGCGUCUCGCUCUCUUCUGCAGCUGCAGCGGCCGCAGCGGCGCAAAAGCGGUCCAAGUCGAAGAUCGACGAUGCGGACCGCAAGCGCAUCUGCGAGUACGCCGCGGCGCAUCCACGCCAGCGACAGGGCGACAUUGCCGCUGUAUUCGACAUUGAGCGCUCGACCGUCAGUAAGAUCCUCAAGAACCGCGACAAAUGGCUCGCCAUCGACCUCGGUGACGUGUACCUCAACCGCGACCGCUCGAUCAAGUACCCGGACAUUGAGCGUCGCCUGCUCGACUGGGUCCAUGGCGAGCUGGAGAGCGGCAGCAUGCCGGGUGACGAGCAGCUGCGCGAACAGGCGAUUGCUUUUGCGAGGCAGACCGCCGCUGGUGUCGGAGGAGGCGGGGGCAAUGCGGCCGCUAAUCACGAAUUCAGACCGACCGAUUCGUGGAUUGAGACGUUCAAGAUCAGGGCAAAGUUGCCAACCAGGCUCGAUGCCUCUGUUGAGGCUGUCUCGCAGUCGCAGUCACAAACCCAAAGUCAAUCGCAGUCGCAAACGCCGUCAGAAACAAGCACAACACCAGCAGUCGAUGCCCGUGGUGGCUCAUUCAUGGCCUCCACCGGGCCAAGCACAGCGCCGUCUCCAUUUGCAUGGAAUGGUGCCUCUUCGUCACACAAUGCCUCUGUUAGCAGCACCGCCUCUAGCCUGAGCGAGCUCGGUCUCGGGCUCGCUCUUCAAGAUGCGCGCUCGCACUCAUCUGAUCCCAGCGAUUCGGCCAUGUCGUCCAGCGCUACUUCGCAAGCUACGCCGCGUAGCGUGCAGCGCUUCACGAAUGUCAUUACUGGCGAUGGCCACAGUGACAUUUACUGUCGCUCACAUGAGGGUAGAGUCAACGAGCACCAACAGCUACAGCAACCUGGUCUCGCGCGCUCUUUCUCCAGUACAGAGAUCAGCGAUACACAGCUCUUCUCGAUGCCGGCAAAGCGACGUAAAGGUCUCUCGGGCCGUGCUGUUUCGCCGACGGUGACCGAAUCUGUCUCCAUGGACAGGGGUGCGGUCGCCUCCCCGCGCGCCGCCAGUGGCCGAGCACGACAGGAGGCCCCGCGCAGGCAACGAGACCAGGAGGAGACUCUGAGCGGCGCGCUCCAGCUCGAUCUGCGCGGGAUCGAUUCGAUGACCCCGAGACACCAGGGUAUUGCGCAGGUGUCAGGCAUAUCCGCUUCCCUACACGACCCAGUACCAGCAACAGCAUCAGUGCCGCUACAUAUGCAUGCGCCAGCACCGGCACCGACAAGCGGCACGACCUUGGACGGCGCGACUAUGCUUUCAUCGAAUGCAGAGCGCCUCGUCAACGCCCGCCCACUCGCCGGGGACUUCAUGGAGACUUCCUCACCCGCUCAGACGGGAUCGACAGAGGAGGGCCGCCCGAUCAGCGUCGACGAAGCGCGGGAAAGCUUGGAUUUGGUAUUGCGUUUCCUUCGAGAGCAACCAGUGGAUUUCUGUCCGCGCGAUCAUUUUCUGGUGUUCGGGCAUCUUCAAGGGUCUUUAGCAGCAUUACCAUCCGACAUGCGCUCCGAUCGAAGCAGAAGUGGCACCAUAGAAGGAGGAUAGCUCCUGGACCCACCAUAGUAGUAGACUUUAGGCAUUUCUUCAGACAUUCACAACCAACAGUGCCCAAUGGGUUCGGCUGAGAUCGUGUGGAUCUUGACGGACAUAUGGGCUC